AUGAAAAUUUGUCAUAAAAACAAAAAAGUUCAAACCUUUCUUCACCAAUAUAGACAGCUUUUUAUUCUCUCUCUCUCUCUCUCUCUCUCUCUCUCUCUCUCUCUCUCUCUCUCUCAGCUCUCAUUGAAUUUCUUUCCACCCCUCUCUCUCUCCUCUCUCUCUCUCUCUCUCUCACUUUCCACCCCUCUCUCUCUCUCACUUUCCACCCUCCCCUCUCUCUCUCUCACUUUCCACCCCUCUCUCUCUCUCACUUUCCACCCCCUCUCUCUCUCACUUUCCUCUCUCCUACCCCCUCUCUCUCUCUCACUUUCCACCCCUCUCCCUCUCUCUCUACCUCUCUUGCUCUACCUCUCUCUCUACCUCUCUUGCGCUACCUCUCUUUUUUCCAUCUCUCUCUCAUUUUUUUCUCUCUCCAUCUGCCUCUCCCUCCCUCGCUCUCUCUCUCUCUCUCUCUCUCUCUCGUAUUUCAGCGCCUUCCUCUUUUUCUUUCUUCUCUCUUCGAUUCAUUCUCUCCUCAUCCUCUCUUUUUCUCUUAUCCUCUCAUCUUUUCUUCACCCUCUCUUUACUUUGUACUUUCUUUUCUCUCCUUUUCUUCCUUAUUAG